UUGCUGCUGAUGCCAGUGUUCGCAAUGGGACUGACCAUAGACAAAGAAAGUGGUGGCUACCAUGACGUACUUGUGGCCAUUGAGGAGUCCGCCGAGCUGAACGAAGCGGUCGUCGAGGCAAUUAAAGUGCUGCUGCGCGCUGCCUCGUGGUCUCUGCACCGGGCGACGGGGGGCCGCGUCCACCUGGCCAGCGUGACGUUGGCGGUUCCGCGGCACUGGCCCCGGCGUCCCGGUGUCCAGCAGGUGCCCCACGACCCGUGGCCCAGGGCCGACAUCCGCAUCGUGAAUGGAGGAACCGGAUCGCUGUGGCCGCAGCUGCAUGCGCCCAGCGCCCUGCACGCGGGCGCCUGCGGACAGCGCGGCGAUCACGUGCUGCUGCCACUGGCCGCGCUGCCGACGAAGUGGUCGUCGAACGAGACGGUCAGUGCCGCCGGCUACCAACUGGCGCGGGAGUGGGCCCGUUACCGGUACGGAGUGCUCGGCGAGUUCGCAACCGCUGACGACGUCUGGUAUCCGGAGGACAGGUGCCACGGCACGUUUCCCACCGCCUGCGCCAACGCCUCCAUAAACGCGCCAGGCGGCCUGCAGUGGGUUGAGCAGCCCUGCAACCGGAUGUCCGCCUGGCAGCUGAUCACCAGCAGUGACGAUUUUAAAGGACUUCACUCAUGGAAGAAUAAUGAACCAAACGUGACAACUUUUCGAGAAAUACAACAAAAUAUCUCCAUAGGAAGACACUUGGUUAUAAUUUUUGAUGUUUCAUAUACAAACAAGGACACCACUUCGUUGGCCGCUCUCAAGGAGGCCAUCGCCUCAGUCCUCGUCGACAAGCUCACCGAUGGAGCCUUGGUUUCGCUUGUGUAUUUCGCCCAUGGCAGCAGCCUGCACAGUGGCCCCGUAGCGUUGAGCAACGCCACACGGAGUGACAUCGCCAACAGAAUGCUUGAAGUGCCAGUGGAGGGACCUACUUGCACUCUCUGUGGACUACGUUUGGCGCUACGACUACUGAGCUCCGUACAUGGACAGAGUCCCGAAGGGAGCCUGGUUGUCCUGUUCAGUGACGGCAAGGCCCUCAGAACACCGUCGUCCUCGGCUGAAGAGAACAGUGACGGCUUCCUUUCAGUGGUCCCACAUUUCCGACGGGCAAAGGUGUUCAUUACCACCAUCGCGGUAGGCGCCGCCGCGUCGGCGGAUCUCGAGAAACUGGCCCUGGAGACCGGAGGCAGAACAUUCGCCAUCUGCGAUACAAACGCCGCGGCAGAAAGACGGAGCUGGAUAGGGGUGCAGGAUGCCCUUUUGGACACCACAGAUGAGCUUUCCUCUAAAUUAAACGCCGUGCGUCACGAAAGCUUGGCUCUCCUCUCUGGAAUCGGCGACAGGCAUAGCUCGGGCCUCUUAGGGGCGCGAAGCGGUUUGUGCUUCGAAGACUCGAUCACGCUGAGGGUUCGCGUGCCAGAGUACGUAGACUCGUACAGGGCCGCCCUGGUGUUUGCGUCUCUCACAAAGGGACUGUGCCCGGUGGUUCGCGCCAACGUCAGAGGGUUCGUGUUCUUCCAGGACAACAGCACCGGCGAAGAGUUCUUACUCCACGACUCGGGACUCGGCGAAGAUGUCUACGCCCAUGACGGUGUUUACACGGGCCAGCUCACGAAGCUCCAUGGCAAGGGCCGCUACAGCAUCGCCAUCGAAGUCAACAACAAGUCGCAGACACAGUUUCUCGACUGGGUCACGAAUGAGGUUCCAAAAGAAUCGCCUAUUGUAGCAGGUGAACGUGCAUCCACGGACAACUCCCUGGCGGGUAUGCGUGGCCAUUCCACGGGCGCAUUCUCGGAGACGUCAGCGGAGCACCCACUGUUCGUAAACGAAGACGUGAAGGAGAGCCAUGUGCCACCUGGCAGGGUUCGGGACCUGAGUGCUUCCUUCGACACGCACGAAGGCCGCCCCACUGCUCGUCUCUCCUGGACGAUGCCCGGUGCACACGCCUUUGAAGGAACCGUCUCGUCACUCGAUGUCCGGUCAUCUCGGAGCAUCCAGACGAUGCUCGACUUCUUCCACAACGCCACUGCAAUCUCAAAGCGCGACCUUGUCUCCGGCUCGCUGACCCCACUACCAGCGUUUUCACGUCAGCAGGCAACCGUUUCCAUCCCGUCUACCGUCAUUUUCGACCCUAACGAAGACCAAGCACCUGCGGCGUUAUCAGCUAGACAAGCUCAUUCGGCGUCUGGCCACAACGUCUACUUCGCCCUGGUCACCACCAACGCCGAUGGUUCGCGGUCCGAAGUCUCCAACUUGGCGAACGUAUUCGUCCCUGCUAAUCUUACCGUCCCAGCAGGUACAGCGAUCGCUUUGGCAGGCGCCGCUGCGUUGGUCCCGGAAGGAAUGUUGGUUGACAAAAGCGAUUCCCAAGGCACAGAUGCGUCGCUGCCGACAGAGCCAUCAGGGUCCUCCAUGCCAUCACCUUUUGAGGAACCGUCGACCACACCGGAUUUGCUAACGCCUUCGCCACAACCUUCAGAAGCUGUCACCUCUCCUCCUGCAGGUCCAGAAACACCUGAGUCCGCGAUGUCUUCGACGGAAAUAAUGAAAGAGAGCGCUGAUGAAGAAAUCAAACCACAGAAAACAACUGCCUCUGUCCCUACCACUAAGAAAAAGAGAGAGACAACUGCCUCUGUCGCUACUACAAAGGAGGCCCCAGCUUCAACCUGGCAGAGCGCGGCAUCGUCCGCUUGGGUGAACGCGUCUGAAACUGACCAGAAUGCGACCGCACCGCCUAUAGAUGAGAAGAAAGCAGUGCACAAGGACGGCCAAGAGGAGGACGACGAUGGCACUUUUCGGGCCUGGAUACUGUUUGGCGCGUUCAUGGUGGCGUGUCUUCUCAUCUGUGCUAACUUGGCAUUCCUGUACUGCAGGGCCCAGUACGAAGUGGACGAAGGCCCGCCCAGCCCUGGUACAACUUCGGGUUUUGACACCUUCUAGUGAAGGUCGAAAUAAAACUGAAGAACAAUAAGGUAAUGAGAGAAACGGUGUGAACGACUUCUCCGUACGCUUUAAUGUUUAUGCAGCAACGAAAACGCAGAAAAGGUGUCCCGCUUUUAUGGGGCGUGGAGUUACGUCCAUACCAAGUUUUUUAAAGCAAGGUUGGAAAGCUCAAGCGUCAAAGCACUCUGGAUAUUUGUGGUGAGAAAUGGAGCUGUAGCUAAAUGCGGCGCAGCCUUUUGUGGUUAUGCAGCCAGAGCUAUUCGAGUAGAACUGUCGCAGAGAUGGGCGGCUGCAUCGAGCGGUCAGAGAAUUAGCUCGUGCUUUGAACAGCGGCAUUGCUUGUACUUUGCUAGAUACGUGAUCAUCCUUAUUGCCCACUGCUAUACUCUUAAGUUCUUACGAAUCAGACAACGGUUUGA